ACAGUUCCCAGGGUCCCGUGCGUUAUUGCCUCGAUUUCCCGUUCCCAGAGCCAGGCGCAUGCGUAGUUUGGGAACUUAUGCGGACCGCGGAGUGUAGGGAACAAUAAUAAAGGAAGAUCGGAGGAGAGACAGAAACAUGUCGAAAGGCCCCGCAGCAGUGAGCUCUUCAUCCGGAGCCACCGCUGCCACACCUGCCCCCAUCGCCACAGGCUCCGUGUCUCCUGCCAGCGCGCUGCACGCACAGCCAGAGAAACCGCAGCACUACACGUACCUGAAGGAGUUCCGCACUGAGCAGUGUCCCCUCUUUGUGCAGCACAAGUGUUCCCAGCAUCGGCCCUUCACCUGCUUCUACUGGCACUUUGUAAACCAGCGGCGUCGCAGACCUAUCCGCCGUCGGGACGGCACCUUCAACUACAGCCCAGACAUCUACUGCACGCAGUACGAGGAGGGCUCAGGCACCUGCCCUGACGGUGACGACUGCCCAUUCUUGCACCGCACCGCAGGUGACACCGAGAGGCGCUACCACCUUCGCUACUACAAGACGGGCACCUGCAUCCACGAGACAGACGGUAAGGGCAACUGCAGCAAGAACGGGCCGCACUGUACCUUUGCACACGGACCACAGGACCUGCGCACACCCGUCUACGACAUCAGGGAGCUCCAGGCGAUGGAGGCAGUGCAGAACGGGCCGGCCGCUGCUGAGGGCAGUACUGAGGGGCAGCCAGCCAUUGCAGCCAGCUAUGCCCUGAUUGAGAAGAUCCUGUGUGAAGAGCCCCGGUGGCAAGAGACCAGCUAUGUGCUGUCCAGUUACAAGACCGAGCAGUGCAAGAAGCCCCCCCGACUGUGUCGCCAGGGUUACGCCUGUCCCUACUACCACAACAGCAAGGAUCGUCGCAGGGGCCCCCGCAAGCACAAAUACAGGUCGCUGCCCUGCCCUGGGGUGAAGCAUGCUGAUGAGUGGGGUGACCCCAGCAAGUGUGAGAACGGAGACGGCUGCCAGUACUGCCACACGCGCACAGAGCAGCAGUUCCACCCAGAGAUUUACAAAUCCACAAAAUGCAAUGACAUGCAGCAGGCUGGCAGCUGCCCACGCGGACCCUUCUGUGCCUUCGCUCACAUGGACCAGCCUUUAUGCAGUGAUGAGGCCCAGUCCUCCUGCUCGGCCUCCAGCCCAACGCUUGCAGGCCUGCCCCUCUUCACCCCUGCAGACUCGCUGCCUGUCAGCCCUACAAGUCCGCACACCACUGAGCUGCACAGCAUUCUGUCCAGCAGCUGCAGCUCCCCCAACCCCUCCAGUAUUUGCGUCUCACCACAGAGGAUGCUGGGACGGAUGCUGAGCCAGGAGUCCUCCAAUCUGGAUGCUCCAUUCUUCACAACUGUGGGAGGCGGCUACGGAAAAGCACCAGGGUUUGAGCGUGAAGACCAGGCAAAACAGAAAGCACAUACCCUGGAGCAUAGGAGUGGAGACCCAGCCCCCUUCCACUGUAGUACUGGACCCACACCGGUUCGACAUGCACUGGAUGGACUGGGUCUGCUCCCUGUUGGGAGCCCCCCAAUGUCCAGCAUCUCCUCCAGCAUGACAUCUAGCCUGGCCACAACCCCCCCCAGCCCUGCAGCCAGCAGCAACACCCGUGGCAUGAACGCCAAUGCGCUGCCCUUCUACCCCACCAGCGACACCGUUGAGUCCGUCGUGGAGUCUGCCCUGGAUGAUCUGGACCUCAAUGAUUUUGGCAUGGCAGCGCUAGAGAAGAGUUUCGACAGCACAACUGCAGCCCGCAGCAGCAUCAUGAUCGGGGGGAGUUUGCUGCAGAGCUCGGCUCCCGUUAACAUCCCUGGCUCUCUGGGAAGCUCCGCCUCCUUUCACUCUGCCUCACCAUCUCCACCAAUCAACUCUUCUCAUUUCAUGCCCUCCAGCCUCCAGCAGCACCAGCGCCACCUGAGCCAAUCAGACGGCACCUUUCCGCAGGGCUCACUAGGUCUGAACGGAAUGAACAGCAGUAUCUGGGAGCACUUCCCCCCUGGGAACUUCUCCCCCAGCUCCUCCCCCGCCUUCCUGACAGGCGCCAGCCCCGGGGAGCUGACACGACUGCGGCACGAGCUGGACGAGGCCAGCAGAGCGCUGAAACAGUGGGAGGAGUCCUGGAGACAGGCCAGACAGGCGUGUGACAUGUGGAAGAGGGAGGCGGAGGAGGCGAAUGAGGACGCAGCCAGCGCAGGCCGGGAGGUUGCCGUGGCGGUCAAGCGGAGGGAGGUGCUGGAGCAGCGAGCUCAACAGCUUCAAGAGGAGCUUCAGUGGCUGCAGGCCGGAAAGGAGCCGCAGAUCCUUCACUGCUACGAGCAGCUCCAGCUGCUGCCCCUGCCCACGCUGUAUAACCUGCAGACACAACUGCGCUCCGGCCUGGAGAGAGUCGAGCAGGCUGUCUUCCAGCUGCAGAAGGUGAAAUGUCUUCGCUGUCAGGAGGGGAGCCGUGUGAUGUUGCCGUGCCAACACACUGUGCUGUGUGAGGCCUGCUCCUGCACAGAGGAGUGUCCUGUCUGCCAGCCUCCCGGGACACUGAGCCUGCAGUCCUGACCACACCGGCCUUCCUGCAGUAGAUUGAGGGGGGGAGACUACUCAUAUCUAAUAGACUAUUAGAGCUGGAAGAGCCCUUCUAUGUACAAACUCUAUCUGUUUACCGGCAAGUGGCAACAACAGCACCCAGUCGGCUGAUUUUGUAGGAACCACCAGUGAUCCCUCUGGUUAUCUACUCUGUCAAACUCAAAGCAGGUCAACCACAGUUACACAUCUCUGUAACACAGAGGGGUGUUAUUUAAGUCCUGUGUAAAUGGCUGAGGGAUUCUUAGAAACAUUUAUUGUCUAGCUCUGUCCUUACAGUCUGAACUGGGUGAGGGGGCAAGUAGGCUGCUUCUGCAGUAUAUCUUACAUAACCGCAUCCUGCUUUUGCAAUUAAUUUGGCAGUAAUAAUUUCUAACAACUGUGACCUGUUCAAAGUCUAACAUGUAGAAACAUUUAGAUGUUGCUAAUCUAAAACCUAUCCUCCAAAGAAUUACCUUCCCACAAACCUAGAACCAGUUUGAUAAGGCAUUGCCAAACCAAUUUGACACAAACCAGAGAUGAUGUGCUUUUAUGUUGCUCUGACUGAGUUGGGGUCCACUAAUGUAUAAAAUCCUAUAACGCAGCCCUCAAAGAUGGAGCUGUGCUGCUGUUCAGCUGUUAAGAAGGAGAACCUUUUUUUCUCCUUGCCAUUCCAGGGCGAUUAGUGUUGUGCUUUCCUUGGCCUGCUGGCUCCCAGACCAGGCACUGCUGUGGGUAUGUGCCUGUGCAGAGUUCACACACAGCAGGGUGACCAGGCCGACCAGCUGGGCAGCAGCAAGAGUACCUGACCAUGAUGCAGUCCAUAGCCAUUCAUUGGCCAACACAAAGCUGUGACCACAUAACACGACCAGCCUGAGCCAGUUUACAGGCAGCCUUCCAGUCAUAAACAGGUCCCUGCAAACUGCAUCUUCAUGGUGUACAGGGAUUCAUUUCAGUUUUCUCUUAAAGCAGCAGCUUAUUUCUAUUUGAUCUUUUCGUUAUAUACAUCAUGUAAUGUAAUAAUGCAACCCUGCCCCCCACCGGCUUUCCUUUAAGAAAAGGCCAUAUGCAUUCCAAACCUGUAUUUCAUUGCAGCAUUAUUUGUGUUUUUGUCUUUAAUAUGUCCUGUAAUGGUAGCUGUUGGAUGUGAGGCACGAGGGUAACUAAAACAGUAUCCCGUGGCUGGCAGUCAGAGCAUCGUGUGUAACUAUUGGCAGGUAACAAACACAUGACUUGAUGUCCUGGACUAAAAUGGCAAAGGUUUAUGUUGAAAUGUCUGAAUCAGUUCAAAGUCAAAUUCCCCCAGUGCCUACCACCCCGGCCUAGCCUUUUCACACUUUGUGUACAGACAGCCUCAGCUAAAAAAAAUGAAUCGUUGAAGAUUGUUUUAAAGGUUGUUUAACUGGUCAUUUAAAGUAACAACUGUUUUUUAUUAAAAAAAAAAAAAAAAAAAAAAAACUUUAAUCAGAAAUCGACUAACAAAUCUAAUCCCGAUAAAAUAACAAAAAAAUAAGAGCAGGGAGUUAAUUAAGUAUAUAAACAGAUACACAUAAAGUAAAGCUCUCCAGACAUAGAUUACGUUACAUAAUAUCAGCUCUCCCAGGUUGGCUGCAGAAAGUGAUUGACAUCACAGUGCGAGAUUUAUUAAUCUCUUAAUAGAUAUUUAUCUUUAAAUCUUUAAAAGUAUGGUGGUGCACUGGUGUGUGGCUGACCUCUUAAGGAUUUCUCCCACUAAGGGCAAUGUCAAAAAUACUAUAUAACUCAGCAGAAGAGCACUGUUCAUUAAUUACAACCAUGAUGUUCCACUGUGUAACAUUCCUGCUCUGUAUAGUUUGUAAGUGAAAUAUCUUGUGCUUUGAUAGAUAAUCCUAAUCAUUUUAUGAUGGCGCUUUUUAUAAGAACACUAGUUUAUAAAGAGAUUUCAAUUUCUCUGUGUCUUCCCUGUGGAGAUUCAUUCUCUUCUUCACAUUCAAGACAUUCUGAUUUUAUUUUUCUUUUUAAAUGUGAGUGUACUUCUACUUGAUAAGCAUUUGUUUUGGCGAUGUCUGAAGGGAAUUUAUAUGAAUAGAACUCGUUCCAGAAUGAUGUUUUUGGAUUUUGUAGAGGAAAAUAAAUCUAUUUUUUGCUA